GCAUGUUAGAGAAUGUCUCACCGAGUUCAACCGACGUGUUGGUUGAAUUUGUCAAAUAUCUAGACUUCUCUACCUACAAUCUCUUCUUAGCGAGCCCCCUUCCGAUAAGGAUAACGACCAACAACUAUCCAAGCUAGUCACCAAGUAUACUGCCACAACUCUGAGAGUUCUCUAACGUUGUAACAGCGAAAACAAUGGGGAUCAAAUCCAUUCUCCUCCCCGCGAUCGUCAUAUUUUUAGGCUACCUCCUCCAAGGUCAUGUAAUCCCAUACCUCCACCGCAGCUACCACCUGAUGGGCUUCUCCCGCACGCUCUCGCACCUCCCACCAGAGGGCAGCUGCACAGCAGCACACCAGGACAAAUUCUUAGGUUGCGAGGACAUACACAUCUACAAAAAGGAAAAGGGCACGACCUACAUGUUUGCCGCGUGUCUAGAUGAGUACUCGUACGAAAACCGGUGGCGUUUGAUGUCUGAGUUGCGCGCUAUCGAUAACAAUGAUAGGCCCGUGCCGACACCGGCGGGGGAUAAGAUCUGGAGGUGGAGGUUGGAAACAGACGAGGUUGUUGAGUUGGAGUUGCCGGGGUUCGCGGAGGGGGGCGAUGAGCGGGCUUGGCAUGGAUUCGAUUUCGUCGAAAGUGCUGACGGCACACUCUCAUUCUACAUCAUCAACCACAAGGUCUCCGGCGACACGAUCGAAAAAUUCACGCACAAGCCGGAUGCCAAAAAUCACAUCCUUACCCACUCAGCUACCUUUGCGCUCCCGGAAAAUGGUAUCGCGAAGCACCCCAAUGACGUCUACGCUUACCCAGAUCCGACCGGGAAGGACAUCUUCUACGUGACCUCUGAUCACAAACAUGACGCCGGCAUAAUGCGCACGAUAGAAGAUUACACACGAAGACCUUGGUCACACCUAGCAUACUACUCCUCCGAAACCGGCUGGAAGGUCGUCAAGUCAGGCCUUGUAGGCGCGAACGGUCUCGCCGGGACAAAGCCCACCAACGGAGGUCCGGCAAGAAUCUACCUAGCAGAGUUACUCGGCGGGAACAUAAUGAUCCUCGAACACCGACCUGACGCUGCCGGUGAACUCCGCGAAAUACAGACCAUACCACUCGGCUUUUUGCCAGACAACCCGUCGUUAUCGCCCGGUGAGACAGACUUGUAUAUCGCCGGGCACGUAACCCCACUACAGACUUACAAGCACAUUUAUAAACCGGGCAGCGUACGCAGCGGGAGUGCUGUUGCCCGGGUCGCGCUAAGUCAGACCGGCAGUGACUUUUUCGGUGGGAAGGAUGAGUAUACUAGCACUCCCGUUGUUGAAGAGAUAUUUGUCGAUGUAGAGGGCAAGUUGAUUAAUGCGAGUUCUACUUCUAUAUUUUGGGAUAAGCUCCCGCCGGUGGGAGCAACCGAGGAGGGGGAGGUGGAAGGGGGAGAGGUGGCUGUAGGGGAUUUGUUCAUCACAGGGUUGACAGGCAGAGGAAUCUUGAGGUGCAGAGAAUUCAAGUAUGAUGCCAGCGACGAUCCAAUCGUCAAUGAGGAGCAGCAGGGAGACAACAUGGGAAGGGACGAUCACGAGGAAGAGGAAUAAUUUUAAGCCAAUUUGUGCUCGGAGAUUGUUAAACAUAUCCAGUCGAUAAAGCCUUAG